CACGACAUAAGGAAGAGAGACCCUCACCGGUGGAGGUCGGAUGUCGCCUGACCGGAUGAUAGCAAGAAGUUUUGUUUUAUGAGUUUACGAAUGGUUGAUCCUCAGAUCAGUGCACGGAUCUUAACGAAUACGCGGCAUCUGUCCGUCAGCGAGUGUUUGAUCAGUUAUUUGUCUCAGACAGACUGAUCUGGAAGGGUUUGAAGGGUGGAAACUGAGCAUUUGAAAGUAACCCGAGCGCCCUGCUGCCGCAAGCCCGUUCCUGCGCGCGGAGAGACGGUCAGAAACCAUGGGCAACCGGGGGAUGGAGGACUUGAUCCCCCUGAUCAAUAAACUCCAAGAUGCUUUCAGUUCCAUUGGCCAAAGUUGUAACUUGGAUUUGCCGCAGAUCGCCGUGGUCGGAGGACAGAGCGCCGGAAAAAGCUCGGUGCUGGAGAAUUUCGUCGGGAGGGAUUUCCUUCCCCGAGGCUCCGGCAUCGUCACCCGCAGGCCUCUCAUUCUGCAGCUAGUUAACAACAAAGCUGAAUAUGCGGAAUUCUUGCACUGCAAAGGGAGGAAGUUCGUGGACUUUGAUGAAGUCCGGCAAGAAAUUGAAGCAGAGACCGACAGGAUCACCGGGUCCAAUAAGGGGAUCUCUCCUAUUCCCAUCAACCUGAGGGUUUACUCGCCACACGUACUGAAUCUGACUCUCAUCGAUUUGCCUGGUAUGACUAAGGUUGCGGUGGGCGACCAGCCGCCAGACAUCGAGCACCAGAUUCGAGACAUGAUUCUGCAGUUCAUCACUAGGGAAAGCUGCCUGAUCCUCGCGGUCACCCCGGCCAACACUGACCUGGCCAACUCAGACGCUCUCAAGGUGGCUAAGGAAGUGGACCCUCAAGGACUGCGUACCAUUGGCGUGAUUACUAAACUGGAUCUAAUGGAUGAGGGUACAGACGCACGGGAUAUCCUGGAAAAUAAACUCUUACCACUGCGCAGAGGUUAUAUUGGUGUAGUGAAUCGUAGUCAGAAAGACAUAGAUGGCAGGAAGGACAUUCGUGCUGCACUGGCAGCAGAAAGGAAGUUUUUCCUGUCCCACCCCAGCUACAGACACAUGGCUGAACGAAUGGGAACAGCGCACCUACAGAAGACACUCAACCAGCAAUUAACCAACCACAUUCGGGACACGCUACCCGGCCUGCGCAGCAAACUCCAGUCUCAGCUUCUCUCUCUGGAAAAAGAGGUGGAAGAGUAUAAGAACUUCCGCCCGGAUGACCCUACGCGAAAAACCAAGGCCCUGCUGCAGAUGGUCCAGCAGUUUGGAGUGGACUUUGAGAAGCGCAUCGAAGGGUCCGGAGACCAGGUGGACACUGCAGAGCUGUCCGGAGGUGCCAGGAUUAACCGAAUUUUCCAUGAGCGCUUCCCCUUCGAGCUGGUCAAGAUUGUGUUUGACGAGAAGGAGCUCCGGCGAGAAAUCAGUCACGCCAUUAAGAAUGUCCAUGGUGUCAGAACUGGGCUGUUCACUCCAGAUCUGGCGUUUGAAGCCAUCGUGAAAAAGCAGAUCAUUAAGCUGAAAGAGCCCUGUCUGAAAUGUAUCGAUCUGGUUAUUCAGGAGCUCAUCAACACAGUCAGGCAGUGCACCAACAAGCUAGGCUCUUACCCCAGACUGCGAGAAGAGACCGAGAGGAUUGUCACUACCUAUGUCAGAGAGAGAGAAGGCAAGACCAAGGACCAGGUCCUUUUGCUGAUUGACAUCGAGCUGUCAUACAUUAACACAAACCAUGAGGACUUCAUUGGAUUUGCAAAUCUUGACUUCAGACGGAUGGAUGACGGUACCAUACCAGGGUACAGCAACAACAGCGCCCAGCAAAGGAAUAUUGUCAACAAGAAAAGGGCCAUUCCCAACCAGGGUGAAAUACUGGUGAUCCGUAAAGGCUGGCUAACCCUCCACAUCAGCAUUAUGAAGGGCGGCUCCAAGGAGUACUGGUUCGUCCUGACGGCCGAAUCGCUAUCCUGGUACAAGGACGAGGAGGAAAAAGAGAAGAAAUACAUGCUUCCUCUGGACAACCUGAAGCUCAGAGACGUGGAGAAAGGCUUCAUGUCCACUAAGCAUAUUUUUGCAAUCUUCAACACUGAGCAAAGGAACGUCUAUAAGGACUUGCGUCAGAUCGAGCUGGCCUGUGAUACGCAGGAGGACAUGGACAGCUGGAAAGCCUCUUUUCUCCGAGCAGGCGUUUAUCCUGAGAAAGAUCAGGUGGAGUCAGAAGAUGCCGCUCCAGCCGACACCUUCUCCAUGGACCCUCAGCUGGAGAGGCAGGUGGAGACCAUCCGUAACCUGGUGGACUCUUACAUCAGUAUCGUCAACAAGACCAUCAGAGACCUCAUGCCCAAGACUAUCAUGCACCUCAUGAUCAACAACGCUAAAGACUUCAUCCACUCAGAGCUGCUGGCAUACCUGUACUCCUCGGGUGAUCAGAACAGUCUGAUGGAGGAGUCUGCUGACCAGGCCCAGCGCAGAGACGAGAUGCUGCGAAUGUACAACGCCAUAAAAGAGGCCCUCCACAUCAUCGGUGACAUCAGCACCACCACUGUGUCCACUCCUGCUCCUCCGCCCGUCAACGACAGCUGGAUUCCAGAGACAAGCCCCACCCCCCAGCACAGACCGUCUUCAUCGGCUCCGGCCCCCAGCAGGCCUCCUGCAGUGAGAGGUCCAACGCCAGGCCCGCCCACUCUUAACCCCAUCCCCUCCUUUGUAGCCCCGCCCAUUCCCACUCGCCCAGGCCAAGAUCCUUUCACUGCGCCCCCUCAGAUCCCCUCCCGCCCCGCCCGCAUCCCCCCGGGCAUCCCCAGCAGAAGACCCCCUGGCGCUCCCAACCGGCCCACCAUUAUCCGCCCCGCCGAGCCCUCCCUGCUAGACUAGCCACCAUAGUCUGACAGAAAGAAAGAGAGAGAGAGGAAGGGCUGGAGAACUGCACUGAAACACGUGCACGUGUGUCUACACAUACCGCCUGACCAAUAGACCUAAAUAAUCCACUCAAACUGUCCUCUGAUCAGCGCUGCUAGUCACAUCCGUACUUUUAAAGGCCAGAGGUCUAAAUUAAGCACAUAAAUAUUCAAAUAAAUAUAUUAUUGUUGUUAUUAUGGUAUUCAAAUUUAGAAUGAACUAAAGGGUGUUGUGGCCUCCAACUUUCAGUUAUUUCAUCACUCAAAUAGGUCAGUUGACCACCAGGGGGUAUCCUACUCAACUUGUGUUGACGAACCAACAUUACCUCCUCUCUGACUAGUGGUUUAAUGUGGGAUAAGAUGUAUACAAGCACUGUGCGAGCUAGUUGCUGUUAAACUAGCCUGUCUUCUUUCUGUUCUUGGGUAACUUAAGGGUUGUUGAAGACUCUUUCUUGUUAUAGACACACUUCCUUAUGUGUUUUUGUUUUCAUUCUGUUUUCUUGACUCUCUAACUUGAUCUGCUGAAACAAGACACCAUGUUGUUAUUGCUAUGUGGGAUUGAUUUUGACCUGAUUUCUUUGUUUUUCAUGUUCAAUUGGCCGUUUAUGUUUUGAUAUCCUUCAAAACGGCACAUUUAAGUACCAAGCGACUGUGAAUUAUGACUCGGUAGCAGCUAACCGAAUUAGAGAAAAGCAAACAUAGUUCACAAGUCAAAAAACUAGAUGUUGACACUCAUAUUUGGAGUUGACAAGCAACAUCAUCUUUCUGUUGUGUCGGGAAAUUUGGUUAUUGAAAAGCACUUCUUGUUCUCGGGUGAUGGGAAUUUCUUAGAUAGUUAGAAGAGGAGGUGGGGCUUGUAUGCAAAUCUCUGUAAUGAUCUGUUUAUACAAAUAAUAAUUUGUGUAUAUGAACAUAAUCCUGGAAGGCACGGUAACCACUUGCGAUGGGCCGACCUGUCAGAGCUCAGAGCUCAGGUAACAUCCGACUCCAAAUCUCGCUUAGCGUUCUGAUCAUUGUAAUUUAAAUUAAUCUGCAAGGCGCUUUUAUUUUCAUUCAGGGAUAGUGAGGGUCGGGGGAGGGUUUAUGAGCGGGAAAAACACCAGGGUGCUACAGGAAGUGGGAAUGCACUCAAACACUGGGUCGCUGAACAUGGUACAUGCAGGUGUAUUUGGGGUCUAGGGCGUUUGCUUUAUGGAACCAGUCCGCUCUUGCUUGCAAAGACACGGAACUUUCUGAACGCAAAAAACAGUGAAUCUUUAACAUAGGGAUCAUAGUAAUGUACUAACAAGUGUAUUAUUUAAAACCUGGGAAUUUGUCUUUGUGUUGAUUUGCAUUUUUGACAAACUGUUUGCUUCUGAGUAGAACGACAGAUGCUCUUCACUUUCGGUUGCGUUAACAAUGGUUGAACAGAAUUCAGAGUGAACACGGUCCAGCUGGUUUCCUGUUGAUCCUGUUUUGAUUGCGGAGUCUUUGAUGUUUGCUUUUAUUGAUGUGCGUGCAAGGAAAUGGGCCGUGACUAAUUUUCCUUUCUUGAUUAACUUGAGGAUAAAAAUAGGGAUUUGGUGUAAGCGAGACCGGGUCUUUAAUUUUAGCAUCGAUUCGUCUGUCAAUAAUCCCAGGCUUGAAGUCAGACUUGAGAUGAAAUUUAAAAAUAUUAGCUGCAGAUUUCAGGGCCAAACGCUCUUUAAUCACUCCUGUGUGUUAUGGCUACAGUGAUGGCAACCCUGCUCCUUCUUCAGUCAUUUCGAGGCUUGAAUUCAAAUUGUAUCCAGCCGUAUGUUUUCCGAUUUCAAAUUACUUCAGUAUCUGUUAAGAACUGGAUAAUGUUCAGAUCACUGCAGCCAUACCUUUCUCUGUAGUCAUUGGUUAUGGUGACCCGAUCCCUGUCUCUCCUUCUAAUAAUUGUAUCUUUUUGUAUGGAGUGAGGGACUGAGGACAUAUUUACCAUCCUUUUUAUGCUUUUGGAAUAACAAAUCAUUGUCAAGUGCCUGUGUAGCAAUUAUAAUGGAAU